UUGGGGGGAGGCGGCGGCAGAGAUCAGGGGGAGAAAAAAGAGGCCGCCGCCAGCAGAGAUGAAGGGAGGUCUUCUUCCUCCCCAUCGGGUACUGUUCGCCGGGGCCAUCGCCGGCCGCCACCGCCUAGCCUCUUCUCCCCCUCGCGUUGCCGGCUUUCAGCUUCCCUCGCCUGUAGAGAUCUUCGACCGCUGCUUCCCAUCUCACGCACAACCUCCAUGUGACGUCGCCUCCCGCCUCCGCGUCCAGCGAGUAUCGACGCCUCUCCCAUACUACCGGCAGCGAAUGUCUCCGCCGGCCGCGACUUCCGGCGGCGGUCAGCGCCUCCCGCCGGCCAUGUGCCUCCUCCAGAGGCUGCCGUUACCGGCAUCUCAUGCUGUAGCCACCGCCGCAGCCGUCUUUGGCGGCCAGCACCUCCGGUUUCCCGACCGUCGAUUCCGACGGCGGUACAGCCGCUGUCCUUGCCGCGUGCGGCACAGAUCUGAUCCAGUGCAGUGUUUCCGGACAUCGGUUGUGUUUCCGGCCAUCGAGCCGUGUGGUGUUUCGUUAUUCGGAUUGUUAUCAUGCAGUCGGACCGUGCUCCGUCCUGCGGAUCUAUAUCGCGUCCGGCUUCGAGCUACUAGAGCCAGCUACGCGUUUGGUGGACAUUUAUCUACUAUUCGGGAUCGCGACGACUCCGUCAGCUCACUGAUCCAUUCGAGGGCGCCCCCCUGGGCCAGGGUACGUUCUCGUACUCAAUAUCUGUUUAUUUUACUACUAUUCUGUUAUUAUCUGGAUAAUCAUACAUUUGUGGGAUUCGCCUCGAGCACCGAGGUACCAGAGACCGGGGGGAACCCGGUCGCUGGAUACAGGUACAGUUGACCGGAGGAGGACUUCUGACGAUCUGGUCAACGCAGCGGACAGCUCACCCCCGGGUCGUGAGGAUGCGGUCCACAUUCCAGACACGUCACACCGGCAGGUCUGCGCACAGCACAGUGAUCUUAGUAGUGCCAUCUUGCUGAUUGGUAUGAAGGGCUGUUUUAUUGUGCUACUGUAGUCAUUUAACAAAAUUUUAUCAACAGUUAGUGAAGCAAUUCUUAAUUUUUUUUCUCUGCAUUUCCAUAAAUUUUUAUCAACAGUUAGUUACACUUUCUUGUGGCGGAGCCUGGUGUAUCUAAUCCACCUUAAGGAAACAUUACAUACAACCUGUUCAUUUUUUUCCCAAUGUCACCCUUGGUAUCUGGUUGUUGUGAUAGGUUCAGCGCUAUGCUAAAUAUUCAUUAAUAGUUUCUAGCUUGUGGCUACCUGGUCUGUUUAUUCAAUUCGGUAGAUUGAAGUUAGAUUUACUUGGAUGGAUAACUAGGAGUAAGGGAGAGGAAGGGAAUGGGCACAUAAUUUAUAGACAUGAAAGGUUCACAUUGUGUCCAUUUCUCUUAUCUUUCCACCCAAAUAAACCUAGCCUGACAAGUGCUCGUGCAUCCGAGAUAUAUCAGGAUUCUUUUUAAAAACUUUCUUCGAGGAUCUGCCUUUCAUUUGAAGAACAUUAUGUGAACCAGUUAUCCUCUAGAAAUAAUGCUUACCUCUUUUUCCUGAAUAUAGGUCAUGGGGUUGGUUCAGAGUAGGCCUUGAAAAAAAGUUAGCACUUCUCUCUCUUUUUGGAACUUUACAAGGAACACACGUUAGUUUAGCAAAAAUUAAAAACAUAAAAACAAAGUAAGAGGAAGAUCUCUUUCGAUGAAGAUGGAUUAGCCUUUUAUAGACAUUAACGCUUGAACAGAAACAAAGAAUGAAUUCAGAAAUGAAAGUGCAGUGUGUUCUUCUAAACUCCUAGGACCAGGAUUCUAUUUAUAAUCUACUGGUCGAAUUUGUCCGUUAGCUGACAUGGCAGCUCCAGCGCUUGGAGCAGGUCUGGGCACCCUCAGUGGUGCACCUUAUCUAUUUCGCAAUGGGUCUUCAACUGCUUGAUGAUAAGUCUUUAUCAGUACCUGGGCUUGGAUCAAUCCGGGCACUUAGAGUGUUGCCGAUGUGCACCCAAACUCUAUGCCCGCCGCAACGUCUCUGAAAGGGCGCCUGUGCUAGCCCAAGAUAGUCCAGACGUUGGUCCGGGUGCCUGGAGUCCGGGCGAUUGGACUUCGUCUGAGCGGUUGGAUAAGUCAACUUCAUGUUGACUUGUUCGGCUGCUGUUUCGGUCGCUUGGGUAAUUCUCCGGCCAUCCAGAGUUGAGCUUACCCGAACCCAACUUUGGCCUUCUCCUCCAGUAGUCUUUCUGCCCAAUUUUUCGUCCCUCGGAAACGUUGCACACGUCCUUCUCAUUUGCUGGUGUACUCUUUCGCAGCACCUCGUCUAUUGGAUGCACCGAGUUCAUCGACUCGCUUCCCGUGCCAUCCUUUUGGCUAGCUGCAUCUUCUGCUCGACUUCUUGUGUUCCUAAAUCCCUACAUACUUACACUCAAAGUAUCAAAUA